UUCCUCCUUUUUUUCUUUUUUACUUCUAUUAGUUUGUUUUUCCCGGCAACAACAAUAAGGACCAACACCACUCAAAAACCCUAAUUUCCUAUUCCAUCAUUCACUCAAUUCAAGUUCAAAGCCUUUGGGGGUGUUUUUUUUAGUCCUUCGACUUCAAUGGCGGAGGACCGCAAAGAGAUGAGUGAUUACAGUUCGGAGGAUGAAGGAACUGAAGAUUACAGACGCGGUGGAUAUCAUUCGGUUCGGAUUGGUGACACUUUCAAAAAUGGGUGUUAUGUUGUUCAGAGUAAGCUUGGUUGGGGUCAUUUUUCCACUGUUUGGCUUGCUUGGGAUACUCAAAAAUUGCGAUAUGUUGCCUUAAAAAUUCAAAAGAGUGCUCAGCACUACACUGAAGCGGCAAUGGAUGAAAUUAAGAUUCUCAAACAAAUUGCAGACGGGGAUAUGGGCGACAAGAAAUGUGUUGUGAAGCUUUUGGACCACUUUAAGCAUUCAGGGCCAAAUGGCCAGCAUGUUUGUAUGGUGUUUGAAUUCCUUGGUGAUAAUCUUCUCACACUUAUCAAGUAUAGUGAUUAUCGAGGUGUUCCCCUUGCCAUGGUCAAAGAAAUUUGUUACCAUGUUUUGGUGGGUUUGGAUUAUUUGCACCGCGAGCUUUCUAUAAUACACACUGACUUGAAGCCGGAGAAUGUCUUACUUCUCUCUCCAAUUGAUCCAUCUAAAGAUCCUAAAAAAUCAGGAGUCCCACUUAUACUUCCAAACACCAAGGAGAAGACCGUGUCCAAGAAUGGAAUCAUAAAAGACGAUAAAAGCUCGAAUGGAGAUCUAACCAAGAACCAGAAAAAGAAAAUGAGGAAAAAGGCUAAAAAAGCAGCUCAAGUAUCUAUUGGGAAGGAAAGUCCCGAGGUAGAAGAGGAUGAUUCAAAAACACCUGAGCAAGAUGAUACUAGUAAUGAUGUGAAGCCAAAUGUAGAAUGUGGUGAAGCGAAACCUAAUAGUCGUGCAAGUAAAGAUGAAUCGGCCAAGACUUCUGAAACUAAGGAUGUUUCACAAGGAAGUCAUAGUCGUAGGAGAGGUAGCCGCUCUACGAGAAAGAAGUUACUUGAAGCUGCUGAUCUUAAGUGCAAGCUGGUGGAUUUCGGUAAUGCUUGUUGGACGUAUAAACAAUUUACAAAUGAUAUUCAGACAAGGCAGUAUAGAUGUCCCGAGGUUCUUUUGGGUUCUAAAUACUCAACUACGGCAGAUAUGUGGUCCUUUGCUUGCAUUUGCUUUGAGCUUACCACUGGCGAUGUUCUUUUUGAUCCUCACAGUGGUGAUAACUAUGACAGGGAUGAGGAUCAUCUGGCAUUGAUGAUGGAGCUUCUUGGAAUGAUGCCUCGCAAGAUUGCACUUGGCGGCCGCUACUCUCGGGACUUUUUCAAUAGAUAUGGUGAUUUGAGACACAUUCGCCGGUUACGAUUCUGGCCUCUUACUAAGGUGCUGACUGAGAAGUAUGAUUUUAGCGAGCAAGAUGCAACUGACAUGGCUGACUUCCUCGUUCCAUUACUCGACUUUGUUCCUGAAAAGAGGCCAACAGCUGCUCAGUGCCUUAAUCAUCCAUGGUUGAGUGCAGGUCCUCGGACUCUUGAGCCCUCACUGGCUAACAUGCAACCUGAUUCUAUUGACGGAGAAAAGACUAUAAAGUCUAGUGAAAAAGCCGAGCAGGAAGCUGUGGAAGUUAGUAUGGGGAAUAUGGCCAUCAAUGGGACUUCAAAGCCACUCAAAGACCUCCAAUCUACAAAGCCAUCAGAAUAGACUCAAAUUGGCUUGUGUGAUGUGGUUUAUUCAACAUGUUACUUUUAUAUGGUAAGUCUUGAUGAUCCUUGGAGCAUGGUAUUCUAUUUAAGUGUCAUAUUGUAAGACUUAUGUGCAAAUAGGUCAUACUUAAGAGGUUAUGAUUCGAGAAACUCUUCAUACGGUGUGGCAAGGGAAGAUGAAUGGAUAUUACAAUGGAGUUACACCACUUCUUUCACCUCUUACAGAACAGUGUCUAGACCUUCACAUUCAGUAGAGAGUGCACUAAUUUAUAAUCACGAGAAUGUUUUAUUUUUUGGAGAGUUUGUUUGAAGCUUAUUCAUAGAUUAGAUGUUUAUCUUCCAAAAUGUUAUAUUUUAGGAGGUUGAACUGUACAUUUGGAUAAGUUUAUUUUUUUGUAUUAAUAAUGGAUUUUGUUGCUGUAGACAUUACCUGUGACAUAUUUUGUUUACUAUUUUUUGUAAUUCA